UCUCUCCCUGGCCCCAAGGCAUCGCCCGACCGCCGUCUCGUCCCCUCCUCCGACCUCUCGACCCCUCCCCACCCCCACCCCCUCUGCCCCUGGCUGCGCGCGUUCCAGUUGGUGUGCGUGCGUGCGUGUCCAUGGGGAACACGCCGUCGUGCAUACCGCUGGCGCCCGCGGGGGGCGGCGCCUCGGCGGCGGCGACCAGCGCAGCCACCGAGGUGAUCCACGCGGACGGCACCGUCACCCGGCUGGCGCGCCCGGUGCGCGCGUCGGAGCUCAUGCUCCACCACCCGGGCCGGUUCGUCUGCGACUCCAGCCGCCUCGCGGUCGGCUGCCGCGUCCCCGGCGUGGCCGCCGCCGAGCUCCUCCGCCCGCGCCACGCCUACUUCCUCCUGCCCAUGGACAUGCUCUACUCCGUGCUCACCGACGACGAGAUGGCCGCGCUCUCCGAGUCCCACUCCCACGCCGCCUCCUCCUGGAAGAGGAUCACCACGUCCACCCGCCGCGGCAGCCGGAGCGCGACCGGGGGCCGGGGCCGGGGCCACGCGAAGGACGAGGCCUGCAGCAGCGAUGGCGCCAGGGUGUACCCGAUGCUCGGGCUGCUCGAGACCGCCGGUCUGCAGGGCGCGGAUAGUACUAAGAAACAUGAAGUACGCGCAGGCCCCGCAGGCAAGUCGAGCGGCGGCGGGUUGAGGCGCCACCGGUCGUGGCAGCCGGUGCUGGACACCAUCGAGGAGGUUCCGUGACGCGGCGGACGGCCGGUUCACCAGCGGGGCGCCGCAGGAGUGAGCAGCUUUGGUUUCUCUGGUGCUAGGCGAACGGCAGCUAGCUUGAGCUGGCUACCGACUACCCAGUGUACAGUAGCUAGCUUCCAGCUAUUCUUUUUCUCUUGCGUUUUCCAUUUUUUUUUGGUAAAGCCAUUAUUUUUUGCGUCUAGACACGCACGACUGGCAAAUUGAUUGUCAAGCUUUUGUGCUCGGGAAACAAAAUAAGAAGAUUGAGAACCUUUU